CUCGGAUCUCCCCCCCCCCCCCCCGGUUUCAUUUUUGAGCUUCGGAAUCUUUUGCGAUUUUCAGAAUCCCUAAUUUUGAACAUUCUCCAAUGUGUAUAUAUGGGAACUGCAAUUGAUGGCAUUUGCCAUGUUAAGCUUCUAUUGGAAUACAAUCCAUCAUAGCGUGAGCACAUUUUGAGCCCAUCAGUUUCCAGAAAUUAUGAAUGUCUUUACUGUGCUGCUCAAUCUGUCAGUUGGAAUGAUUUGGUUUUUAUUUUAUGAAAAAUUGGAGCAAUUUGAAUACAUGAGAAUACGAAGAUAACCAGGAUUCAUUUGUUACUGGCUUGAAGAAAUUGUUGUAGUCUUCUUGGUGCAAAUAGUCAGAUAAAGUGGAAGAAUUGAACGAAAUUGAAGGGCAAUAAUAGGGAUGUAUUUGAAGAGGCCAUUGUGGAGUGAAAAAUUUCAAGAAGGGAAAGGAGAAUCAAAAGAGUCUGAUGGAGAUACACCGGCCUCUACGGCAGUGGGGGAGCUCGUGAACUCUCUUAACCAACAGAGAGUAUACAGGGAGGUAACUCUUGCUCUUAGAACAGGUCUCCGAGAUGCUUGUGCUGAGUUCUCAUUUCUUCGAGUCCGUGGACUUCGUUCUAUUCUCAAGUUCCUCCGGAAUGUGGCUGAAUCUGAUGCAACUAUUGACCUCUUUAAUCAAACCCAAUCUAUCCCCGAACUUCAAGUGGUUCCAGUACUCUUUCAACACUCUCUAAAAGAGUCUGGAGAUGACUACAACGACGAUAGGGUGGCCAAUUUGAAUCAUAUAUUUGGUGUGGAACCAAUGAAGAUAACAAGUCCAUCAACGGAUGCUGAAGUUGCAUUGGCGCUACGAGUCUUGGAAGGUUGUUGUUUGCUUCACCCCCGGAGCAACUCUCUCGCCCAUCAACACAAGGCAAUUCAGGUUUUGAUGAAUAUAUUAUCCACUCGGGGAGUACUUGAGCAAAGUGCAUGUUUGGACGCUCUAAUCUCUAUAAUGGUGGAUUCACCGCCCAAUCAAAUGGAUUUUGAGAAAUCUAAUGGCAUUAUGGAAGUUGCAGACCUCAUAAGAGACAAACAGGCAGAUGAAAAUCUCAGGUUGAAAUGUGGGGAGUUUUUGUUGCUUCUCAUUGGACACGUCAAUGGAAGGGAUGGGGCUCCUUUGGCAUCAGUACAUGAAGAUAUAAGGCAUCUGCUUGGGGAGAAAUCAGCUUCCUUGAUUUGGGCAGCAAGUCAGUUUGGGUCAACCCUGGAUCCUGAGCAGAGAUUAACAGCUCUACAGAUCCAAGCUCGCAGGGUGCUUGAGUCAUUGAACUUGUACUGAAGUUCUUGGUCACAUGAAGGAGCAAAGUUUUGAAGUUAAAAAGUAGCUAACUUCUCACCCUUCGCCACUAAACUACACCCUGGUGGCAUGCAUGUGUACUGAAUUUGAUUUUAGGAAUCCUGUCAAUGAAAACGCUAGCAAUUCUAGUUUAUAUUUAUUAUAAAAUUGGAUGAGAAUGUGGUCUGUGAUUGCUAUUCGCAUUCUGAGUCGUUGCUUUCUUAGCAACUGUGUUCUUUGUUAACAUUUUUCGUCUACAUUUGUCGUUCAAUGCGCUUUUGCAUAAUGUGCUCAAGGAGAUAAAUUUAUGAUUCAAAAUGAA